AUGGCGGAGGAGCGCGUGCAGGCUCUAGAGCAGCAGAUGAUAGCGCUGGCCCAGGAGCUGCAGAACCGCCAGCAGAGGGAGAACGAUCUCACGGCCGAGGUGCAGCGGCUCGGCCGUGUGGCCGAGGCUAGACCACGGGUGGACGGGCCUGUGCUACAGCCUCGAGCCGAGUCGCUCGUGGACACUCGUACGCUGGGCAAGCCAGACGGGUUCACGGGCGAGGAGCACAAGUGGAACGAUUGGAAGGUGAUCUUCAAGGCGUACUGUGGCGUCGUGAACGCCGACUUGCUGGCCUCAGUUCAGAACGAUGACUUCCUCGAGGAGAACAUGAGGCAGGCCUCGCAGCAGCUGUAUUACAUCUUGCUCCUCCUCUGCCGGCAGCAUCCCCUGACGACGAUCGUGAAUGCUGUCGAGAAUGAGGGCUUCCAGGCUUGGCGCAAGCUGGUUGAAUACUACGAACCGAAUGCGAGGUCCCGCAUCGCGGGGCAGCUGCUGAAUCUCCUGACCUUCUCGUUCACUGGCGAUGUCGAGGACCGGCUGGCGCUGUUCGAGCGAGAGCUUCUCAGGCACGAGCAGAGGAGCGGCGAGGCCAUCGCAGCCUCUAUGAGGAUCGGCGUCGUCCUUCGGCAGCUCGAGGAAGCGCCAUCGCCCCGGUUGCCCGUGCCCAUGGACCUGAGCGCGUUCACCAAGGGCGACGGCAAGGGCAGGUUCAAGGGCGACGGCAAGGGCAAGAGCAAGUCCAGUGGCAAGGGCAAGAGCAAGGGCGACAGCAAGGGCAAGUCCAAGUCCGACGGCAGGAGCCAGACCAGCAGCAAGUCACAUGGUCAGCAGCUCGGGCCACUCUGCUGGGGCUGCGGCGGUCGCGACCGCACCCGGCGCGAAUCCCCGAGCAAGCACAGGGGGACGUUGGCGAGCAUGGAGCAGACGCUGGCUCGCAUCAACGCCUCCCACUCGACGAGUACGACCGCGCCAUCGGCGGCCAGCUCUAUCUCGACGGCUGCGACUACGAGGCUGAGUCCGGCGACGGCGAUGUCCGGCACGAGCUCUCGACAGGUCGCAGCACUUUACCUGAACGACGCGGGCGAGCAGGUCAGCUACCCGUUCGCGAACCUCCACUCCCUCAGCAUCUACGACCCGGGGCCGGACAAGGCGGACGUGGUCGACUCUGCGACCGGCGCGGCCCUGGACCUGAACAUGAUCCACGGCAACUCGGAUGCGGAGGAGGUCGAGCUCAACGGCAUCUUGCGUGUGGGCAUCGACUCGUGUGCGGCGGCAUCGGUGCUGCCGCGUGGCUCGUGCACGGACUACCCGGUGCACGAGGGCGGCCAGGCGAUCUCGUACAAGACCGCCUCUGGCCACUACGUGAACGACGAGGGCGAGAAGAUCCUCGUGGGGGCGAUGCCUGGGGCUUCUCAGGCACGCGCUGCCAAGUUCAGGGUGGCGGACAUCAGCAAGCCGUUGCUGAGCGUCGCGGAGAUGGUCGACUCUGGCCAUCGGCUCGUCUUCGACUCGGAGGGCGGGCAGGACAUUAGCUACGCGUACCACAAGACCAGCGGAGACGUGGUCAAGUUCUGCCGCAGGAACAAGGUCUACGAGAUGGAUAUGCACGUCGACCCGCACGUGCCGGAGGUCUGCCCGGUCGAGGUGGCAGGCCACGAGCCUCCCGAGGGUGAAGCCGGCCAGCCAGGCGCGGCUCACGAGGAGGUCGCCGAGGGCCCGCCGGCACGGCCGGCGAGGGAGCCCGCGGCGCCGACGGCGGCCGAGCGAGCCGCGCACGAGGUGCUGCACGAGCCCUACAGGGCAUGGUGCCGGGAGUGCGUCUCCGGCAGAGGCCUGUCUGCAGGCCAUCAGACGAAGGGCCGCCAGGAGUCGGCGCUCGCGGUGGUUGGCAUCGACUACGGCUACCUCGGUGAACGAGAGGACGCCACGCCGCUGCUGAUCGGGAAAGAUUCGAAGCAGCGUUGGUUCCACGCGUCUGUGGCCCCAGCUAAGGGGGCGCAGCAUCCCUGGCCGGCAAAGUCGUGGUCCAGGAGGCUGGCAUCGGCUGGCCACAAGCGCUUCGUCUUCCGCUCAGACGGCGAGGCGCCGCUCGUCGCCCUGAAGACCCGCAUCGGGGCCAAGCUCAAGGAGGAGUGCGGCAUCGAGACGGUGCCCGAGGAGAGCGCGGUCGGCGACUCUCAGGGCAACGGCCUGGCCGAGCACGCGGUGCGCGAGGUCAAGGCCAAGGCGAGGGCGGCGCGGGCGCAGGUGGACGACCUCCACGGCGUGAGCAUUGGCGUCGAGCACCCAGUGACCCCGUGGAUGGUCGAGUUCGCAGCCAUGUCCAUCAACCUGGGCAGGCGGGGCGCUGACGGCCGCACGGCUUGGGAGUUUCGGCACGGCCGCCCUUUCAACAUGGACCUGGCUUGCUUCUCGGAGAAGGUCCUGUAUCUCCCAGGGGGCAAGCGCAAGGCUGGGAUCGAGGACAAGUUCCUCGCUGGGCUCUACUUGGGGCCCACGCUUCGGACGGGCGAGGUCUACAUUGGCACGGAGUUGGGCGCACUACGGGCCAGGACCUUCCAGCGGUUGACGGUCGAGCAGCGGGCCGACAAGGACCUGCUGAACAGCCUCGCGGGGAAGCCGUGGGCGCCGGUGCCGACGGACGUCGAGGUGGACGAAGUACCGGUGGCCAUCGAGACCGAGCGCCGGUGCCAGCGCCGGUCGCGCCUGUGGGCGGACCUCUGGCGACCGCGAGCCGUCUACAUCAGGAAGGACGUCGAGAUCGCGAAGUACGGGCUCUCCCCGGGCUGCUACGGCUGCGCCGCGAUCCUCAACGGCGCCCGAGCGCAGGCCCACUCAGCCAAGUGCCGCGCUCGGAUCGAGCAGGCGAUGCAGGACGACGAGGAGGCAAAGCAGAGGCUCGAGGAUGCCCGUGAGCGGAAGCGGCAUCGCACUGACGUCGCCGGGCCUGUCUAUCAAGAGGGCGGCUCGUCAGGCAGUGGCGGUCCAGCCCCAGCUCAGCAGGUGCCGCCAGCACCCGAGGCCGCGGCGGCGGCUGACGUGGCGAUGGCUCCGGCACCACACGACCCCGGCGACGACAAUAUGCAGGAGGAGAUCGGUGCCCUCCUGCUCUCCCUCGGCUACAGCGGGCGCAAGGCCGACGUGAUGGAGGUCUUCUGCCCGAAUAGGAUUGUGGGCUUUGCCCCCCUCUUCGGUCUGGUCCACGGCGGCUCGUUCGACCUGAGGGUUGGCUGGGGCCUGACCGACCGCCAGCAGCAGCGACAGUGCCGGGAGCUGAUCGAGCACGUCGAGGUGUACUUCUUCUUGGGCAGUCCUCGCUGCGCGCCGUUCUCCAUGCUGAAGUACCUGAACGAGGACACGGAGAAGCAGCGCGAGGCCUACGCCAUCGGGCACGAGCACUUGAGGUUCGCGAUGGAGCUCUACACGCUGCAGGACCUGGACAUCGUGAAGGAUGUGAUGGCUCUCCCGGGUGUCGAGGUCGGGCGAGGCGACCAGUGCGUGCUCGGCCUGGUGGUUGCGGACGCGCACGGCGACAGGCUCGCCAAGAAGCCGACAGGGUGGAUGAGUAAUAACAAGGAGGUGUUUGAUGAGGUCUGCAAGCGCUGCCCCAAUGAUACCGGCAUUGGCAGCCGCCACGAGCAUUCCACCUUCGUCGGCCGCAACAUGUGUGUGGCGGAGAGGUACCCGGUCAAGCUCCUCCGCGCCGUCCUCCGUGGCCUCCGCCGUCACCUUAGCAACAAGAAGGUGCUCACGCUUUCGGCCCUGGAUGCUGGGCCGAACGUGGACGAUGAGGGGAUCAGCCUGAAGGACUUCGUCGGGAAGUGGCGCGACACGCUGAGGACCGAGUUCUACGACGACCUCACCGGCCUCCCGCUGGACCCCACGCGGGUGAAGGCCGCGAGGCGCCUGGAGAUGGAUUUCAUGGCGCAGCUUGGCGUGUGGGUCUACGCGAGGGAGGAGGACUGUCAGCGCGAGCUUGGACGGAGGCCUCUCAGUGUGCGCUGGGUUGAUAUCGACAAGGGCGACACCGACCGGCCGGAUUACAGAUCCAGGCUCGUCGUACAGGAGACCAAGGCGCAGAGCACCAUCGCCGGGGACGACAUCGGCGCGGUGUUUGCGGCGACCCCGCCGCUAGAGUGCCUUCGGCUCAUCUGCAGCAUGGUGAUGUCGAGCGACCCGUCCGAGGGCCGCGUGCUGCGCUUCCUGGACAUCUCGCGGGCACACCCGCACUGUGAGAUCAAGAGGACGGUCUACAUCAAGCUUCCAGAGGAGGAUCCGAUGUCGCAGGAGAUCGGUACGUGUGGGCCCCUGCGGAUGGCGCUCUACGGGACGCGCGACGCUGGCCAGAACUUCGAGCUCACGACCGCCGAGACGGUCAUCGGUGCUGGCUGCGACCAGUCGGCCUUCUCGCCCUGCGUGUACUGCCACAAGGACCUCCAGGUGAGCCUCUUCCACCACGGCGACGACUUCGUGCUCGAGGGCCCUCGGGACGGGACGGAGUCGAUCUGCGAGGCCCUGAAGACGAAGUUCAUCGUGAAGGACAGGGGCGCGCUCGGGCCGGCGCCUACCGACGCAAAGGAGAUCACGUGCCUCAACAGGGCAAUGCGCUGGCGAGACCGAUGGCGCCAAGGGGGCGAGGCCAUCGAGUACGAGGCGGAUCCCAGGCACGCGCAGAUCUUGCACGCGCAGCUUGGAAUGGACCCCCGCACCACGAAGUCAUUGAGCACGCCAGGGCUGAGCCAGAAGCUUACACCUGAGGUCGAGCGCGAGCUGAACGAGCACGAGGCGGCAGAGUACCGCAGCGCGUGCAUGAGGCUGGGCUACUUGGCGCUCGAUCGGCCAGGGGUGCAGUUCACGGCCAAGGAGUGCGCUCGCGGCAUGCAGAAGCCGACAGAGCGACACCUCCGCCUCCUGAAGCGCGCUGGACGCUUCUUGAUCGGGGCGCCGAGGGCCAUCUGGAAGUGGGGCCGACAGCGGGCACCCGCAGUGAUGGACAUCUACUCGGACACCGAUUGGGCAGGCUGCCCGAUCACGCGGAGGAGCACCAGUUCAGUCGUGAUCAAACAUGGGCAGCACCUGAUCGUGACGGCAUCGACGACUCAGAUCCCCAUCUCCAUGAGUUCGGGGGAGGCUGAGUUCUACGGCUGUGUGCGAGCGGCCAGCAGGGCCAUCGGCAUGCAGUCACUGUGCCAGGGCCUAGGCAGGGACACGAGCCUUCGCAUCUGGAGCGACUCGGCAGCUGCUCUUGGCAUCAUGCAACGACGAGGCUGCUGCAAAGUCCGACACCUCGAGACGCCGACGCUGUGGGUGCAGAAGGCACUCAAGGACGGACUGUUUCAACUGGCCAAGGUUCCCGGGAAGUCGAACCCGGCGGACCUGGGGACGAAGUUCCUCGACCAGGCGGCGAUGCUCCGAGGGCUGGAGAUGAUGAGUGUCAAGCUCUCGGACGCGCCCCUCUCAAGUGCCCUUCAGGCGAAGGUCUGA